GUUGGAAAAGAAUGGAGGAUGACAAGCAUAAUAAUUCUAAGACAAUAAUUAUAUCAGAGGAUAUGGUUGAAGAGAUCUUUCAACAUCUUCCAAUAAAAUCACUCGCUAGAUUCAAAGUCUUGUCAAAAAAAUGGAGAUCGAUGAUCGAAUCAACCUAUUUUUCCCACAAACGACUUGUCUGUACAGGAUUAUCAACCCCUAAUAUGAAAUUUCUUUAUGUUAGUCGACAUUUUUCAGCAAAUUUUGUUGAAGAAGAUUCAAACUCAACAACUUUGUUUUUGGAAAUUUUUUCUAGAGAUGAUCACAACAACGAAAAAAACUGUCCUUCCUCUUCUAGUUACUACAGUUUUCCUGAUGAUCCAGUCGACAAAUCUCAAAACAAAACUAUUCAAGUAUUGGGGUCUUGUGAUGGAUUGGUCUUGAUUCGGAUCUACGACGAUUUUAGGUACAUUUACUUGAUCAAUCCGACGAUUGGAGAACACAUGACACUUUAUCCCGAAUUUACGCAAUGGCCAUUAACUUUUAGAUUCGAAUUUACCGCAAUGGUCUAUAGACCAUGGAGACAAGUUGAUCAAGGAGUCUUGGAUUAUCCACCAGAUGAGAAGAGAAUGCCGUUUCAUGCUGGAUUUGGCAAAGAUAUUGUUACAAAAUCUUAUAAGGUGGUUUUGAUAUAUACAAGAUUUGGAAAAGGUGAUCGUUGUUUCAAGGCCAAGGUCCUAUCCCUUGAUAGUGGUGAGCAAAGAAGCGCAGGUUUAUACAUUUUUAAUGACCAUGACUUCAUCAAAGAGCAAACAUCAGUCUACGCAAACGGAUCCCUCUUUUGGUUGAUAUUAAAUAAGUAUAAGAAAACACUUUCAUUGCUACUAGCUAUCGAUCUUCACAUCGAAGAAUUUCGAUGGAUAUUAUUACCAACAUGUUACACCAGAUAUGAUUCUAGUAUAGAAAUGUGGAAUCUGAAUGACCGUUUGUGCGUAUCGGAUGUGCUAGAAUGUUCAAAUUUGAUCGUUUGGAGUUUACAACAAGAAUAUCCUACCGUAAAAUGGGAGAAAAUAUAUGCUAUUGAUAUUGGGUUUAUAAGAACCAACCAGUUACAUGAAAAGUUUUGGAUGCUUGGUCUAGCGGCUGCCUAUUUUCCAAGUAUUAGGAAUCAUCGAGAUCAAGUUUCUUUUUUCAGACAAAGAACGAUUUCAUAUUCGCCAACAAUGAUUUCUCCUUCAAGUUUGAUGUUUUGAUCACUACA